AGGAGCACUCCCUCUAUCUAUUUAUAGACUACUCAUACACUCAUCCAUUGCUUCCUCCCACACCACCACCACCAAGGCUAUAACAAUGGCUUCUGAGAAGGUUGAGACUGUUAUAGCCGGAAGCUACGUAGAAAUGGAAAGAGAAGGGAAGCCCAAGAGCGUCAAGAGCAAGCUCUCCAAGUUCUUUUGGGAUGGUGGCUCUGCUUAUGAUGCUUGGUUUAGCUGUGCUUCUAAUCAGGUUGCCCAAGUGCUUCUCACACUGCCAUACUCAUUUUCACAGCUGGGUUUGCUAUCUGGGAUUCUAUUUCAGCUUUUCUAUGGCUUGAUGGGAAGCUGGACUGCUUACCUCAUCAGUCUGCUCUAUGUUGAGUACAGAACUAGAAAGGAAAGAGAAAAGGUUGAUUUUAGGAACCAUGUAAUUCAGUGGUUUGAAGUUCUUGAUGGGCUGCUGGGGAAGCACUGGAGGAAUGUUGGCCUCUUUUUCAACUGCACUUUUCUUCUGUUCGGAUCUGUAAUUCAGUUAAUUGCCUGUGCAAGUAACAUCUACUACAUAAACGACAAUCUUGACAAGAGGACUUGGACUUAUAUCUUCGGAGCUUGCUGUGCUACAACUGUCUUCAUCCCCUCCUUCCAUAAUUACAGAAUUUGGUCAUUCUUGGGCCUCAUUAUGACCACCUACACUGCUUGGUAUCUCACCAUUGCUUCCCUUAUCCACGGAAAGGUUGAGGGAGUGAAGCACUCUGGUCCAACCACAAUGGUUCUCUACUUCACUGGAGCUACCAACAUUCUCUAUACAUUUGGUGGACAUGCUGUUACAGUGGAGAUUAUGCAUGCAAUGUGGAAGCCACAGAAAUUCAAGUUGAUAUACUUGAUGGCCACACUCUAUGUGCUGACCUUAACUCUGCCAUCAGCUUCUGCUGUUUACUGGGCUUUUGGGGACAAUCUCUUGACUCAUUCCAAUGCUCUAGCUUUGCUUCCAAGGACUGGAUUUAGAGAUACUGCUGUUGUGCUCAUGCUCAUCCAUCAGUUUAUCACAUUUGGAUUUGCUUGCACCCCUUUGUACUUUGUGUGGGAGAAAUUCAUUCAAAUGCAUGAGACCAAGAGCAUGUUGAAGAGGGCCCUGGCUAGGCUCCCAGUGGUGAUCCCAAUUUGGUUCCUUGCUAUCAUAUUCCCAUUCUUUGGGCCCAUCAACUCAACUGUUGGAUCUCUUCUUGUCAGCUUUACUGUCUACAUAAUUCCUGCUUUAGCUCACAUGGUCACCUUUGCUUCUGCAUCUGCUAGAGAGAAUGCUGUAGAGAGACCACCAUCAUUGUUGGGAGGGUGGGCUGGCUCAUACGCCAUUAACAGCUUUGUGGUGGUUUGGGUUUUGAUAGUGGGAUUUGGGUUUGGAGGGUGGGCAAGCAUGCUCAACUUCAUACGACAAGUCGACACAUUUGGUCUAUUCACCAAGUGCUACCAAUGCCCCCCACACAAAGCAUGAGUAGAUUCCCCCUACUUUCCAGAAAGUUUUUAUUAACAAUUUAAAAGAUACAUAUGUAAGUGUGUAAAGAGAUUGGCAUUUGUAAACCUUUCUUUUCUUACUUGAUUUGUUUUUUUUUCCCUCUUAACUUUUUUUUUCGCCCUUUUUUCCUCUUGUAAGAUCUAUUGUUGAUGGUUUUCAGAAAGAAAAAAAGGUGUGAUGGCAAUUAUCAUGGCCAACCUUUAUACGGACCUACAUUUGUACCUUGUGUGUUGAUUAAUUAGUCUUCUUUUAAUUAAGAAAUGCAAGUCCCCUGGUUUUCUCU